AUGGGUGGUUGGGGCCUCUUCUUCUUCCUCCUCUUCCUCCUUCUAAUCUUCGCGGUUGUCGGAUGGGUCGUUUACACACAAUAUAGGGCCCGCAAGCAAGGGCUCCCCGCACCUUCCCUCAAGUCAUGGAAAACUUACAUCCCGUUCCUUAAACCUCAAGCCUCCUCGAAUUACCCUGCUCCUCGACAUGCAGGACCAUUGGAAUGGGCUAGAGAUCAGUUCGCCAAGCUGACCAGAAGACGCACCGCCAGGGGAGCCUACGAAGAAGCCGGAAGUGGUACUGAUGGGCUAGUGCCUGGUGCUGCUAGAGGGGCCAGGGGAGGCAGAGGGGUGGAAGACGAUGCGUGGGAUACGCGUGUAGGGAACGAAGACCCCUAUGGGCCAGGAGUGAGUUAUUCGGGGUAUGAAGAGCAGGAACUUGGCUUGGCCCCGACACCGGGAUUGCAGAAUGAACCUUACGGCGGCGGCGCCCGCGGAGGUACUGGGGGGGACUAUUUGGGUGCCAGGGGAAGCGCGGGGUAUUCCGACGUCGAUGUGACUGGACGUGGCCGGCCGGGCAGUUCUUCAAGAGAUAAUCCCUUUGGCGAUCAGCAUGAGGCGACGCCGAGGCUGAGGAGCGUGAGCCCCAGACCGGAGCCGGAGGGAAGCACCGCAAAGGGUCAUACGAAGGGGAACCAGAGUCUCGACACCCAGGGUAGCGGAGACGGGAAUUCGAGUCCGAUCAGCACCAGGAAAAGCGUCUUUCGCGAAGGGAUCUAG